CCAGCAAGUGUCAACUGUCAAGUUUUAAAAACAAAAUAUUUUGGUUUUAUUUAUUAUAUCAACAAAAGCUUAAAGCAAUAGUAAUUUAAAUGUGAAACAAUGCAUAUUGAGUUAUAAAUUGAAACCUGCAGCUACUUAUUUAGUAACAACUUCACACGUGAUUAUAUCCGUCCUACUAAAAUGAAACUGAAACAUGGAUAUUACGAUAUUUUUGUGCGAACUUGUGCUAAAAAUCCAUCGCGAAUUGCAGUGAGACAUUACAAUAACGGCGUCUACAGUAAUUACACGUAUUCUGAAUUAUAUGGAGUGUGCGAGUACAUAUCGCAAAACCUGCAACAGUUGGUUUGCGGCAAGGGGAUCAUAGGUUUAGUUUCGGAAAGAAAUAUUAUUAUACCAUGCGUUAUUGCUGCUGCUCACAAAUGCAGUACAACUUUCAUGUUUUUGGAUCCAUCACAAGAUGUCAAAGCAAUUGCCAGUCAAGUAUCAUGUAAUAUUUUGAUAACAAUCAAGGAGUUCAAGAAAGAUGCUUCUUCAGAUAUGUUUGGUAGAAAGCCAGACAAAAGUAUAAAUGUUUUUAACAUGAUGGUCAACUUUUAUGAUUUACAACAGUGUGGAAGUCAGCAUAGCUAUAGACAUGUUCCUGAGCAUUCCUACAUAGCAAUGACAUCUGGGAGCACGGGAGAACCGAAGCAUAUUCAAGUACCACUACAUUGUCUCCAACCAAACAUAGAUGACCUCACUAAAAUGUUUCAUAUUUCCCAUAAAGACAUCAUAUACUUCUCCACACCUUUAACUUUUGAUCCCUCAUUGAUUGAAAUCCUCCUUGCUUGUAUGAAUGGAGCCUCACUUCUCAUUGCACCUGAAAAAGCAGAUAUUUUAUUCCCAGAGCAGAAAGAAAACUCUGUCACAUUUUGGCAAACAACCCCUUCAAAAUUCUUCCAAUAUUCAAAUUCGGAUAUUAAGAAUAAAAUUCUUAGUGCAUCUUCUACACUUAAAACUUUAGCUCUGGGUGGUGAACCAUUAAAUGGUGUAAAGAGGUUAAAAGAACUAAAGGAUGUCAUGAAUAAAACUAGAAUAUUCACAUUAUAUGGUGUAACUGAGAUGUCAUGCUGGGCAUGUGCAGCUGAACUGGACCUGAGUAGAAUACUUAAUGACAGAGAAAUUCCACUUGGUGAAUGUCUCUCUGAGACACAGAUAGUGGUGGAGCCAACCAAUCACAGUGAGAAGGACACUGGAAAAAUAGUUCUGGUGAGUAAAACAAGAAAAUGUAUUAUUCUGAACAAGUCAAUUGACACAGAAGAGGAAAAUUCAUUAAAAUUUAUCGACACUGGUGACAUCGGUGAAGUUAGAAAUGGCACUAUUUACUAUAGGGGAAGAAAAGAUGAUGUUAUCAAACGAUUUGGUCACAAAGUCAAUUUACAGGCUAUAGAAACAACAACCAUGCAGUGUUCGAGAGUGAAAACCUGUUCCUGUGUUUGGCUUCCAAAGCCUAUGCUUCUCGUGCUGUAUUUUUCUUCCGAAACUCUCAGUAGUCAGGAGCUGUCAGACUUCCUUAAGUGUAAACUUGAUGACAAACACUGGCCGGACAGAACUAUCAAAGUAGACAAUUUGCCAACAAACCCACAUGGCAAGAUAUCCAAGCGUAUGCUAUCACAAUUGUUUGAAAAGUCAUCACAAAUGCCAAAAACAUUAGAUUCGUUGAAACUAAUGUUCCUGAAGGAAUUAAAAGUUGUGUUAGGUAGUAAUAUUACAUAUGAAGACAUUAAGUACAAGGAUUUCAUCGCGCUGGGUGGUACAUCUUUUCUUGCUGUGUCCAUGUGCAAUAAACUGUCUCUGAUAUAUCCGGAGUUGGGGAAGUUCAUAUUACCUUCCUUGAUCACUCAGAGUAAAACGAUUGAUGAAAUCAUACAAUUAGCUCAUCAGGAAUUAUGCUUAGAGACAAAGAAGCCUAAAAAGCGAUUGAAAAGGUCCAGAUCAAAUACAGAGAGUUUUGUAUCGACUGCUCAGUCUGUGAAGAAAGCAACUGAAAAUCAUGUAUUACAGUCGCCUGUGGAGUUUGUUGUUGUAUGGUCGUACGACACUGGCAAAUGUGUUGAUGCAUCUCCGACCUUAUAUCAGCAUGGAUUCAACCUAUACGUAUCCGUGGGUAGUCAUUCCGGGAAAAUUGUUAUUGUGGACGCCAUUAGUGGUAUAACGAUAGGGGUGAUCAAAGUGAAUUCGCGAGUCGAAGCUGCAGUGUGCUGUUCCAACGAGGCGCCCUUAUCCACGCCUUGUGGCAUGGUGGGCACCUACGAUGGCACCAUAGUGUGCUUCACUCUAGAGACUGGCAAGGAAGUGUGGAAGACCAAUGUUGGUUCUAUGAUCAAGAGCAAAGGAAUUUGUUGUAAAGGACUUCUGUAUAUUGCGUCGUAUGAUGGAAAUAUACGAUGUAUUCAUGUUUUGACUGGUGAAAUAAAACACACGAUCAAAGUGACAGAGCAGGCCAUAUCAGCGGACUUAGUCCUCGCGAAACAGGAGUACAUUCUCCUGGGCACUCUUACAGGAGUAUGCGCCAGUAUUCACACUGAUUCCAAGACGGUGGCGUGGCGAGGCACCCUGUCCAGCCCAGUGUUUGCGAGCCCAGCGCUCUACGAUAGCGAUAAGUACGUGGUCUUCGCUGAAGUCAACGGAGAAAUACAUUGUAGGACUGUGGAGAAAGGAAUCAAGAUUUGGAAGUACCAAGGAGCGAAAGGAAAUAUAUUCUCAUCAAUUUGUAUCAAAGAAAUUGGCAAAUUAGAAUGGCAAAUGGUCUUCGGGUGCCACAACAGCAAAGUCUACAGCAUCAUCAUAAAGAACUUCCAACCAACACUGCAGUGGACAGUUGAGCUCACAUCCCCUGUUUAUUCCACACCGAGAAGCCUGAGCGAUAAACAGAUAUUAGCAGCUUCAAAUAAUGGGAUACUAUGCAUCCUAGACUCUGACACUGGAAGUAUAAUUUCUGAGUAUGCUUUACCUAAUGAAACUUUUUCAUCACCGGCUGUGUAUGGUGAUUAUAUUUUUAUUGGCUGUAGAAAUGACAGUCUAUACUCUUUAAAAUACAUUUCGGGUAUAUAAAUACGGCUAUCACAAAGCUCUCAAAAGUCAAUAUUUAUUUUUAGUUAAUAAAUGAAUACCCAAAUCAUAAUCUCAAUAGAAAGUUGUCUAUGAAUUAUAUAUUUUAUUUCAUGUAUUAACAUAAUUCAUUAGUAGCUGUCAUAUUUUAACAGCUGUAUUUUUGUGAUCAAAUAGAAAUGUUUAUGCUUUAAAAAAUAUAAUAAUCAGGCCAUAUACCACUGCUGGCUCCUGUCUCAUAGGACAGGGUUUCUAGAGCAUAGACCCACCACACUGCACCAAUGUUGGUUGGUUGGGAUUAUGGACUAUUAUUGGAGUAAUUAUAAUAUAUCAAUGACAGAUGUUUUAAAAGAGCUCACUAUGGAGUUGGGUAGAAUUUCUUAACUCUGGGUGAGCACUCAGUUUUUCUAACAGAAAAUACUUUACAAUUUGAAUACAUUCAGAAAUUCAUGGUCUGCGAAAAGUGUGAAAAUAUACAGCACCAUUAAAAAAAAAAACUAUCUACACACAGGUUUUCAAAUAUGACCUGAGGACUAAAAAUCUGAAUUUGUAGAGCUGUGGAAAUAUAAGCUGUUCAGCUUUAACUAGUAGUAUAUUAUAUUGGCCUGAUUACCCAAAAAUUAAGUUUAGUAAAAAAAUGAAAAUUGCACUAGUCAUAUCAAUAAGAAUAAAGUAUUAAUA